AUGGCAUCUAGGGACUUGGCGAUAGGAAUGACUUUUCUGACUCAGACAGUCACUGGGAUCCUAGCUAACAUUGUUCUUCUUUUCCAUUAUCUCUCCCUCUGCUUCUCCGGAUACAUGUUAAGGCCCACAGAUCUAAUAGCUGAGCACUUGACUAUAGCAAACACAUUGAUCAUGCUGUCUAAAGGAGUCUCACAGACAGUGCAAGCCUUUGGGAUAAAGUAUUUCUCUCAAGGUAUUAUAUGCACAGUUCUUUUUUAUGUCUACAGAGUGGCCAGAGGUGUGUCAGUCAGUACAACCUGCCUCCUGAGUGUCUUCCAGACUGUGAAGAUCAGCCCCAUGAACUCCAGUUGGAAGCAGCUUAAAGCUAAACUUCCCAAGCACAUCAGCUUCUCUAUUUUCCUCAUUUGGAGUCUCUAUACGUUGGUAAAUGGUAUUUUUCCAUUUUAUAGAAGCCACAAAUAUAGUGGCAAAAAUAUCACAAAGAAAAAAGAAUAUGGAUUCUGUUCUACAGGAUUUCGAGACAAAAUCAUAGAGGCACUGUAUGCAGCAUUCAUAUUAUUCCCUGAAGUUUCAUUUUCUGGGAUCAUGAUCUGGUCCAGUGGCUCCAUGAUUUUCAUUUUGCACAGGCACAAGCAGCAGGUCCAAUACAUCCUUAGAACAAAUGUUUCCCACAAAUCAUCCCCUGAGUCCAGGGCCACCCAAAGUGUCCUUGUCCUCGUAUGCACCUUUGUGUCAUUUUACACCCUCUCCUCCAUCUUUUAUGCUUGUGUUUUGAAUUUCAAUAUUCCUAGUUGGUGGCUCAUGAACACCUCUGACUUGAUUUCCACCUGCUUCCCUGCUGUAAGCCCUUUUGUUCUAAUGAGCUGCAACUCCACUGCAUCCAGACUCUGGUUCAAAUUCUCAAGUUUUGUCAGAAGCAUGCAAAGUGCAUUCUUUUGCACAAAGGUGAGUGGUUGA